GUUUACUACUAUGUGGGUGCCGGCCUGUAACCAGUGUACGUUACGUUCUUACUACUGUACUGUCUGUAGCAAGUUUGUUUUUAUUUAUAUACUAAUAUAAUAAUGGCUUGUUUAUUACAAAGCACUGACUGACUGCUAUCACAUUUUGUAAACACUAAAGAUCUAGCCGUUAAUAAAUAGCACAAUGGGAAAUGCCCUUGGAAGACCAUCAAACUCAAAUCAAGAAGAGCAUCCAGAACUUUCCGCCAGAGAGAAUGAUUUAGCACGCAAACGUCACAUCAAUGAAUCUACAUUUUCACCACCUACGCCUACAAAAGAUUUACAACCUAAACGAAAAAGGCUAAGAUCAACUUCUCAAUACAUUUAUGAUGCCUUAUUUGUUCAUGGCGAAAACAGUGAUGUGACAAUAUCUUCUCUUGAUCGGAAAUGGAAUCUUCAUAAAGUUUAUUUAAGACAAGCUGGUUAUUUUAAAAGUAUGUUUCAUAAAAGUCAAUGGAAAGAAUCAUCAAUGACAGUUAUAGACCUACAAAUACCUGAUAGUAAUAUUGAUGAAAAUGCACUAGAUAUUACCUUUGGUUCUCUGUAUUCUGAAGAGGUCCUCAUAUGCCCCGAAAAGGUAGUGUCAAUACUAGCAGCAGCUUCUCUCAUACAACUUGAGGGCCUUAUGCAACAAUGUGCAGAAGUAAUGAAAGAAGCAGUAUGUCUUGAUAAUGUAUGUCUAUAUUACAAAACUGCUUGCAUGUACGGACAAAAUGAAGUUGCAAAAAAUUGCAUGGCUUGGUUAGAGACAAACCUGAUGACAUCCCAGAGUCUAGACUUACUCAGGGAGCUCGAACCUAAUCUGUUAACUGACGUCAUCAACUCACCAAAUUUAAUUGUUAUACAAAUUGAAAUGGAUAUAUACACAAUUCUUAAAAAGUGGCUAUAUCUAAAGCUGAAUCCAGAAUAUUCUGGGGAGUUUAAAGGAAUAUUAACAGUUGCAGACAAUUACUUUCGUGAAUUGGCUAAAACUACAACAACUGUUUUCUUAGACUCUCAGCAAGGCCAGCCAUAUAUACAAGUGUUUCAAGCUCUUAGACUGCAACAUAUCAUUAGGGAUUUUGUGUCUUGUCGUGAACUUGAAAAGGACUUAAUAAUUCCAUGGUCUUGGCUUUCUCCUCUUUAUAGACAGCAAUGGUUGUCAAUGCUUCGUGAAGAACAAAGUCUAGACGCAGGCCCCAAAAUUUGCGAUGAAAAAGACUUUGAGUGCAAUGGAUUACGAUGUGGUCGUUUACUACUCAGAGACACUGACCAUUGCUGGAGAUGGAAUGGAUAUAAUUUUGGUCUCGAUCUACUUGUUUCCUACUCUUCACAGUUUCCAAAGACAAUAUCACUACGCAGGAAUGUUCAGUCACAGAGAUGUUCAUCAUCUGUUAAUUUUGCACAAUCACGGAAUAUCAUUUUUCGCAUGCAUGUUGCCUCAGUUAAUGACAAAGGACAUACUAUUCUGAGAUUGAGUACUGGAAAUAUGCCCCUGACUCUUGAAAAAGAAGAAGAAAAAGUUAUUUUAACAAUAGACAAAGAAUUACUACCUGAGAAUGUGCACAAAAAACAAGGUGGAUGGAAUUCAUGUUUUCCUUUGCUGAUAGCAGCUACAUUUCAAUUAGUUAGUGGACCUACUGCUCCAGAGAUGUCUGAUGGUGGCUAUGCCAUUUUACCACUGCCGAACUUGAAUUUAUCCACUCCAACAUUGGGAGAAGCAGAAAUCGGUGACCUAAACAAGGAUGAUGAUGAUCCAGAAUAAACUGUUGACGAAGCAAUCAUUUUUCAAUUUAAAAAUCACAUUUACAGUUCUAUAUUGCAGGAUGUUCUUUUUUCAAAUUUUUUAUUUAUUUUUAUUCAUAACAAGAUGUAGAUUAAACAUGAUGAGGAAAAACCUGGAACACAUUCCGUGAUCAAUAUUCAGAUAUUCUAUCCUAGACAUUUAAACGAUAAAAUUUACAUCAAAGAUGCAGUGUUUUGUUUUUUAUUCAAAAUAAGCUAAUGUAAUGAUUGAAUUUUAACUGAAAAGAAUAUGAAGACCUAUCUCUUUCUAUCCACUUUCGUGCCUUUUUAAAAAACUAAUUUUUAUUGUAAAGUAAUAUCAAAGAUUUGCAGUGAAGAUAUUUAUUCAACAAUUUUUACCAUGUCAGAAACACAAUGUAUAACUUACUUAACCACCUUAAAACGAGUAAUAACUUUCCUAUUUAUCAAGUUGUCUGUGAUAUUUAUGAUAACAUUUUCAGGACUUAUAUUUUACACAUUUAGGUAUUUUAAAAACACCAUCAUUUUUCAUCUUUCUAGU